AUGCCCCACCUCGUCUCCAGCUUCCUGCGCAGCUCGUCGGGAACAAUCCCUCACAUCAAGGCCGUCUCGCGGUCUCGAAACACGUCGAGGAGCAACUCUCGCAGUGCAUCCCGCAACACUAGCCCCCAUGCCUCGGACAGCGAAGAUCGCCAUGCCGUCAAGAUGCCUGACCUCGCCGAAGCCAUCAAGAAGCACCACCGCCUGUCGCUGCACUUUGGCCGAUCCGCCUCCAAGGAGCGCCAACAGCACGUUCCCUACUCUCCCGUCGUGAUUGACUGGAGCGUCGAGAGCCCGCCCGUCGUCUUCCACGGCAACGCUGAGGAGAGCACCGGCGCUCUGGUCUCGGGGCAGAUCUACCUCGACAUCAAGGAGGACUUGGUGGACGUUGAGAGCUUCACAGCCAGCCUCAACCUGGUCGUCACCCACAAGCGGCCAUUCCAGAACAACUGCAGCGAGUGUCAGACUCAGUCAACCGAGGUCGAGAAGCUGAGGCUGUUGGCUCACCCCGUUCCUCUGCGCAAGGGCAAGCACCAGUUCCCCUUCUCCAUCUUGCUGCCUGGCAAUCUCCCAGCCUCAAUGGACACACCCGUUGUCUCCAUUAGCUACGUGAUGAACGCCGAGGCGCAAUUCCUCACUGCUCCCACAACGCCCGAGGGCACAAGCUCCAUCAUAACCACCAAAUUCGAGCGCAUCAUCGAUGUCAAGCGGGCUCUCCCCGAGCCUCUCUACCCCCACAACUCGGUCCGCGUCUUCCCUCCGACCAACAUCAAGGCCGCCGCCAGCUACGUCUCUGUCAUUCACCCAUCAGGCAAUAACAAGAUGACCCUCAAGCUCGACGGGCUCGUGACCCACAACGAGAGGGUCAAGACGGUUGACCUGUGGAAGCUGAAGAAGCUUACCUGGAAGUUGGAGGAGACCAUCAAGACAGUUGCACCCGCUUGCGAGAAGCACAACCCUGGCCUCGCCGAGUCUGCCAACAAGGGCCUGCCCCGAAGCGAAACCCGCGUCAUCGGCGAGAAGCACCUCACCGAGGGCUGGAAAUCCGACUACACCGGCGCGGACGGCAUCGUCGACAUGGAAUUCGAAUUCUGUGUCAACCAGCUCAAGCCGCACUCCCACGCCCUCAAGUACGCUUGCGAUACCAAGACUCAAGACGGAACAGAAGUGACCCACUCUCUGCUGCUGGAGUUGGUUGUCUCGAAGGAAUAUGCACAAGAGGGCAAGACACACAUCUCGCACCAGACUGGCACCGGCCGGAUUCUGCGAAUGCACUUUGCCGUCGUCUUGACUGACAACGGCGGCCUGAGCGUCAGCUGGGACAACGAAGCGCCUCCGGUUUACCAGGAUGUGCCUCCCAGCCCUCCCGAAUAUGCUCAGGAUGAGCUCCCCAUCGAGUACGACGACCUCGAAGAACUAGUUGCCGCAAGGGCGACGGCACCCAACAGCCGAAGGGGUAGCCAAGAAUUAGCAUGA